GCCGCUCACCGACCGGACCCGGGACGCCCCCGCCCGCUCCAAGCAGCGACUUCCUCCGCCCUCCCCCGGCAGGUCAGGGUGGGCAUGGCUCACAUGGCAUGGGAUACCAGGGAAAAUUAACCCUAUCCCCGCCAGAACCAGGACAGCUUUCCUUUGCUUUGUUUUGCUUUGUUUAAAUGUAAAUGCAUAGUAUUGCUGUCCAUUACCUACAAUAUUCAGCUUCCAGUAAAAAUACACAUUUUUAAUAAUGACACCAUCAGCGCAGAGGAAUCUCAAAGGGGUUUGAGGGUUACCCUCAACAGGUGCUGCGUAUAGGAAUGAGAUAGACAAACAACUACACACCUUCCAAAGCCCAAAGGUAUUUUUAAGUUGAAGGCAGCCCUCUGAAAUAAUUUGAAAUAGCUCUCUAUCUUAGGAAAGGUUUAUUAUUAACUGAUAUGUUAUUUUUACUUUCUGCCUGUGCCUGUUAAUGACCACAUUUGGAUCUUCAAAUUUUCCACUGUGUACUUUCUGUCCGGAGAAAACCUUGGACUAGAGAUAAGGCCAUCUCAAAAAAUGUAUUUCUAGCAGCUCACACUUGCAGUCCACCAGUCGGGGCGUGAGGCUGUGUCGAGAUCAUGAAAUUCAUACUGUUUCUCACCUUUGUUGGGGUGGCUGUUGCCUUCCCCGUCAAUGCUGACGAUGAUGAUGACAAGAUCGUGGGAGGCUACACCUGUGCAGAGAACUCUGUCCCCUACCAGGUGUCCCUGAAUUCUGGGUAUCACUUCUGUGGAGGUUCCCUCAUCAGCAGCCAGUGGGUUGUGUCGGCUGCCCACUGCUACAAGUCGCGCAUCCAAGUGCAGCUCGGGAAACAUAACCUGGAACUCACAGAAUCGACACAGCAGUUGAUCAAUUCAGCUAAAGUCAUCCGCCACCCUCGCUUCAGCUCCAGAACACUGGACAAUGACAUUAUGCUCAUCAAGCUUUCCGUACCAGCCCAGCUCAACCGAGCUGUCCAAACAAUUCCUCUGCCUACCAGCUGUGUGACCACAGGCACCACGUGCCUCAUCUCUGGCUGGGGCAACACACUCAGCAAUGGCAAUUUGUUUCCAGACACCUUGCAGUGCCUGAAGGCUCCCGUACUCUCCGCAAAAGAGUGCAGCGAUGCCUACCCUCGGCAAAUUACCAACAAUAUGAUGUGUGUAGGAUUCCUGGAGGGAGGGAAAGACUCCUGCCAGGGGGAUUCCGGCGGUCCAGUAGUCUGCAAUGGGCAGCUCCAGGGCAUUGUUUCCUGGGGUAUUGGAUGUGCGCAGAGAGGCUAUCCCGGAGUUUACACUAAGGUUUGCAACUACGUCUCCUGGAUCCAAGACACUAUAGCUGCCAACUGAGACG